AUGAAGCUCCUCGGCAAUAUUCCUGGGGUUCUCUGCACGCUGUUGGCACUAGCCCCAGUGGGAUUCUCGCUUCCUAGAGCUAAAGUGCUCGAUGUCACCGCAGAGGACUUUAUGCGGAUGAAACAGAUCCAAGUGAGAGCUGAUGGUACCUCUGUCAACAAUACGGGAAUUGGGAAUGAACACAGCAUCUGCGCUCCAUGCUCGGCCAGUAUCGGCUAUACACUGGUGGGAGAUGGAUUCCCACACCAGAACUUCGUUAUUACCCAGAAGAGUGGUUCAGUUAUCGAGUGUUCUACCCCCGAAUCGGCUACUAGUACUGGCUACUCCACCACGCUUGAAUGGGGCUUUUCUCUAGGCGUCAACACAGAGUUCGAAUCUUUAGGGUUCGAUGUCUCAGAGUCUGAGAGCUACUCAACGUCCAACUCGUACACCUGUGAUAGCGUUGCUGACGAGGGAGGAGAGAUUUGCGUUAUCUUCUACCAGGCUGUCACGGCGUUUACUGUGCAAGUGCAGAGAGUCCAGAAUUGCGGCUGCGAGGUUGCGCCUCCCAAUGAAGACCUGGGGCAGGCCAUUAUCUAUGCGCCCAAUGCAAACCAAGUUGGCAGUACCACUGGAAGAGGCGUCAAUGUGCCUACCCAUGGUGUUGAGCAGUGUUACGGUAACAGUGACAGAACCAUUCUCUACUUCUGUGGCCCUGCGGGAGGCCCUGAAUGGUGGACUGGUAGGGGUGAUGGUCCCUGGAUUGAUGACUUUGUGAACCAGCGGGUGCCUGCUGACUGCCCCAUCCCUAUCGAAGCCAACCGUUACCGGGACUGA